AUGCAGACUGCUUCUACAAACAUUUUUGAAAGACUGUGCAAUAAGUCCAUCUGUGAAAUUUCCUUGCUACUAAAUAUUCCAUGGUCAACUGUUAGUGGUAUUAUAACAAAGUGGUAGCAACUGGGAACAGCAGCAACUUAGCCAUGAAGAGGUAGGCCACGUAAAAUGACAGAGCGGGGUCAGCACAUGCUGAAACACACUAUGUGCAGAAGUCACCAACUGUCUAAGGAGACAAUAACUAAAGACAUUCAAACUUUGUGUGGCCUUCGCAUUAGCACAACAGUGCAUAGAGAGCUUCAUGGAAUGGGUUUCCAUGGCUGAGCAGCUGCAUGCAAG